GAAUUUAUCGGCCACCCUACAAACGGUCACACUGUCCGCUGGAGAAAAGCCGCGCUGCGAAAACGUUUUGCCGAAAAAUAACAUAAAAUCACAGAAUUAACAAUACCAAAUAAAUAAAUUGCAAAGAAAAAAACUGCCAAAAGCUAAUUACAAUGGCCCUUGUGAAACCCAAGUCUGAGCUGACGCCAGAAGAGCUGGCCCGCCAGGAAGAGGAGGAAUUUAAUACCGGACCCCUAUCCGUACUCACACAAUCCGUAAAGAAUAAUACACAGGUUCUAAUCAAUUGCCGCAACAACAAAAAGCUACUGGGGCGCGUUAAAGCCUUCGAUCGCCAUUGCAACAUGGUUCUGGAGAAUGUCAAAGAGAUGUGGACUGAACUGCCGAGGACAGGCAAGGGCAAGAAAAAGGUGAAACCUGUCAAUAAGGAUCGCUUCAUCUCAAAAAUGUUCCUGCGCGGCGAUUCAGUGAUUCUGGUGCUGCGUAAUCCCUUAGCCACUGCCUCAGGCAAAUAGUCACCAUCGAAUUGCCCAAUAAGUACAAUCAUUAACUCGAUUCACAUUUCAUUUACAUUAAUCAAUAAAACCAAAAUGGAUUCUUUCACAUUUCACAAGAAAAA